GUUUCUUGUCAAUGGAAACCACUUAAACUCCGCCCGCACGGGCUACUCCGACGUACAAUGCGAGUCAACAUUAGCUCAUUUUGGUUCUCGUCGGAAAUAUCGCGAGAUUACCUGGCUACUAACUACAGGGUGCAUUUCCUCAAAGUAUAAACAUUGUGCCACUCGCAGGGCAAUGUGAAGUUACACAGCAAGUUGCAAAGAAAAUUCAUCACACGAUGUUAUGCUUAAACGUGAACACAAGCCGGCGACGUGUCUGCGACAAGAAGACAACUGGACUGAACAGGCGUUAAGGUUUGUAUUGCUGUGUGGGAAUGGGUUCUUUCCCUCGCUGGUUCAAAUGGAGAAUAAAGGGAGCGACGAGGUGGAAAAACUGAAGACAAAGUUCAAGUCUGUGUGGAACAAUUUAAAGUACAGUUGGGUUUUCAAAUCCAAGACUUCAUUCAGUAGAAAUUCCCCRGUGUUUCUUCUGGGGAAGUGCUACCAUUUUAAGGCUGAAGAUGACAACGGCCUCCCUGAAGCCUGCAGCGAAGCCUCCGAUGAGGACUUUGCCAUGGGGAACGUCGAGGCUUUCCGAAAGGAUUUUGCUUCUCGCGUGUGGCUGACAUACCGGGAAGAUUUCUCUCCGCUGCCGGGCAGCUCCCUGACCUCUGACUGCGGCUGGGGCUGCAUGCUCAGGGCCGGRCAGAUGAUGCUGGCUCAGGCUCUCGUGCUACACUUCUUGGGCAGAGACUGGACCUGGCCMGAGGCGCUCACACUCCAGCCUUUAGACACAGAGACGCGGACCACCACUGCAGCGAAGCGCCUCGUUGCCUCUCUGGAGGCUUCCCUGCAGAGCUCCCUCAGGUCUUCUGAUAGCGAACCGUCUCCUGGACCCCACCCUCGGGCCCAGGGAUCGGCAGAGGAGGCAGAUGCUCAUUUAAAGGAGAUGUAUCACUGCACUCUGGUGUCCUGGUUCGGGGACAUGUCCUCUGCUCCUUUAGGCCUGCACAGACUUGUCUACUUAGGACUGACGAUGGGGAAGCAGGCAGGGGACUGGUAUGGUCCAGCUGUAGUUGCACACAUCCUCAAGAAAGCUGUCAAAGAAGCGAUGGAUCCUGGCUUGGCGGGUAUAACUGCCUACGUCUCCCAGGACUGCACAGUGUACAGCGCCGACGUCGUCGACUGCCACAAGGCUCCCAAAGCAGAAGAGGCUUCCAGUGAGACACCGAACACACCUCCUGUAGCGCCGAACAACAACCGAGCCGUUAUUAUCCUCAUCCCUGUGAGGCUGGGAGGAGAGAGGACAAACCCWGACUAUUUUGACUUUGCAAAAAGCAUAUUGAGUCUGGAGUACUGCAUAGGCAUCAUCGGAGGAAGGCCCAAACAGGCCUGCUACUUUGUGGGAUUUCAAGACGACAGCUUGAUUUACAUGGACCCUCAUUACUGUCAGUCUUUUGUGAAUGUCAGCACUAGUGAUUUCCCUCUACAGUCGUUUCAUUGCCCAUCACCAAAGAAGAUGCCUUUUAGCCAAAUGGACCCAAGCUGCACYAUUGGCUUUUAUUCCAGAAGUAUUGAAGACUACGAGAAAAUCAGAGAAGAGCUGUCCAAGCUGCUCCAGCCGUCCACAAAGGAGAAGUACCCGGCGUUCACGUUCGUGCAAGGUCGCAGCAGAGAUUACGACCUGUCGGCGGGCCUGAGCCCAGAGAAGCGAGAAUGGCCGUUCCUUCGGACCACUGACAGAACGGUAACCACUUCUGGGGACUUCGUGCUGCUUUGACAGCCCAGUUUAUGAGUGCAGAAAAGAGGGCUUUAAUUUGUAAAGACUGGAACUGAUGGUAAUCCACCAAAACCAUGUUGGGAGACACUCAGUUAAUGCACCUUUUACAGCUACAGUAAUCCAGUGUUUACGUCAUGGAAACAUAUUUCCUGAACAGAACUGUGAAAACAUGGUGAGAUUUUUGUAGCUUGGCGAAGUGAACACACUGAAUCAUUUGUCAGGGAGCCAUUAGACAUCAACUGCUGCUCURUUGACUCUAUAGAUCUAACUUUCAUUUAAAAACAUUUAAAAAAGUACAUGUUUUGCAUCAGUAUUUGUAUUUUUGUAGUCGCAACAUUAAUAGAAUCUUGAAUAAUUAAACAAACUUUUAAYAUUAGCUUUCAAAUGAUAUUGAAUGAAUUGAAUAUUGAAUGAUAACAGGCAUUUUUAAUUUUUAUUUGCCAAUGUAGAUGAUGUUUAAAAGUGCAAAAACAAAGUUAAAAUUAGAAACAUGUCAUCUGAAUAGAUCUGAAAAGAACUAAGACCAAAAUAUUUGUGGUGUCACUGAGCAGGUGACACUUUACUGUUCAUUUACAUUUAAAAAUUACAGAUAUUUAACUUAAAUUAAGAAUUCUAGGUCCCAUUUCUGCUUUUAUUUAAUAUAAACUACUAUAGAUUUAGAAUAAGCACAUUCAGGAUUGAGUAAUUUAGGAUUAUGCAAUAUAAUUUUAUUAAAAAAAACAUUAUAAAAGAGGCAUCAGCUGCAGGAUUUUUUAAUUAGUUUGAAUUUGUUUAGAAUUUCAGAACGUUCAAGACCAACAUGAAAGUUGAUUGUAAAUGUAUUGUUUAAAAGUUGCCCUUCGGGUCACAUGGACAGUUUAUAGAGUUUAUUUAUAAGCCCCAGGGGCUGCAGUGAGCACCGUCGUGGGAUAAAGGCUGUUUGGAGACACAGAGCUAAGAAUGUUGUCCAUCUGAAUGAAAAUUCUGAGUCCUCUUGUAUUUCAAUAAGUGACCUGUUUGAGUGYCAUCAUAUAUAUUAUUCUCUAUAUCACCUGCUGGUGAUUUCAGCAUCAUCUCCAAUUAAAACAACACUUGAAUCAAAUUUUAAGAAUUUGUAACAAAGAUAGACGCAAAUAUAUUUAAAGUUGAACUGUUAUCAACACUUGUUUAUGUUGUGUUUGGUCAUCCGUUUUAGCAUUCUCAUAGAUAUUUUUCACACGAAGGUGAUUUUUCGCCAAAGUUUUGUAGAUUCUUUGAUACAUUUCCUGUUUUUGUUUUUCCUCGAUAUUGAUUUCUAACAUUGAGAACRUAAAGAUCUGUCAUUGUGCAAUAAUUACCAAUUAACAAACUGUACCUGUCAUGAAGGAGGAAGGAGGAUGGGUCAGAUGAGCACUUUUUUAUUACUUAAACACUGUAAAAUCAUUCAGAUUAAGUCUUUGUGUUACUUUCAYAGCAACUCAUGCUUUGUGUGUCUGUUUAAAUUAACGCGUUAGGCAGAAGGAAAAAAAAGUUAAAUAAAGUAUUUCACAUGGAUCAGUUUGUUUCUCCAUUUAAAGAAUUCAAAGCUGCUCUCUGAGRGCAAAUCAAAUAAAUAAAUAAAAUGUUUACUUCA